AGUGUGUAGUGUGUACUCUGUGUUAUUGUCGCAAAUUCCAAAAAGUUUGGGUAAUAAUAAAACGAAUCACCGCGCGAAACGCUUUUGGAACAUUCUCAAUCAAAGACUCAACUCCUCCAAAUGUCUGAAAAUCCAUUGCAGCUUCUGUUCAAAACUUACGAGAAAGUAUCAAACUCUAUCCAAAGCCAGCUUGCUCAUUUCAUAUCUGUCCCAAAACCUCCUUCAUCUCAUAAUGAUGACCACUCCUUCUCUUUGGUGCUCUCUUCAUCUUCUUCCACGAAUCUACCUCCUUCAAAAUCUCCAACUUCUCAACAUUCUGAAUUGCCCAAGCAGGAGAAAAAUGCUGGCCCAGUGACUAAAGAAGAUCUUGGAAGAGCUACUUGGACUUUUCUUCACACUCUUGGAGCUCAGUAUCCAGACAAGCCAACCAGACAACAAAAGAGGGAUGUGAAAGAACUGAUGGCAAUAUUAUCUCGCAUGUACCCUUGCAAAGAAUGUGCAGAUCACUUCAAAGAAGUUCUAAGAGCAAAUCCUGUACAAGCUGGAUCUCAAGCUGAAUUUUCACAAUGGUUAUGUUACAUGCACAAUGUGGUAAAUAGAAGUUUGAACAAGCCUAUAUUUCCAUGUGAUCGAGUUGAUGCACGAUGGGGCAAGCUUGACUGUGAACAACGUGCAUGUGAUUUGCAAGGGACUGAUAAAUUUUGGCCAUGAGGUACCGUGAAGCUCUUAUAUUAGGAACAGCAUAUACAGAAACCAUAAUCCAGAAUUUGUUGUCUCAUUCACACCAUCAAUCCAAGGAAACAAGAUACAGAUUUUGCUAGCUACACUUAAAGUGCAUUCAGUUAGUAUUAUGUAUCUUUCCAUUGAUGACUUGAAGUUGCAACCCUUUCUGAGGUGAAGCUCUGUUCACAGGGAAUUGUAUAGUUAUUCUACAACGCAAAGUGGCAUCUGUAACUAUAUUCUUGAGUGCUGAUUAUAAACCAUUGAAAGCCUGGAACAAACUCCAGUUGUGUGAAUGAACUUAUUAUGUUUUAUUUGGAA